CCAGUUAUCCUAUAACCUUUUGAAGCAAAAGAUGAAUAUGAAGCCCUUCAUCUUGUGUCUUUUCCUUGGGAUGUUACUCAUCUCUGCCACUGCAACUGAUCGGCUUUCCAAACAAGAGGCGGAUCAGAAAGCUGGUACAGCAGCAAAAGAAUCAAAGACGACAACCUCCGGCUGGGGAGGAGGAGGAGGAGGACCUGGUGGCGGCGGAUGGGGAGGAGGAGGAGGACACGGCGGAUGCCAUCAAUGCUGUAAAUGGGGGCGCUGCUGGUGUUGCUGAUCGAUGAAGCUGUCAAACCAGAGAACAAAAAGCUAAGUGACUAUAAUAUGAUGAAUGCAAGACAUACGUACUAUUAGCUAGUAACUAAAAGCUAAGAAAUAAA